GGAGAUAAAACUGAAAAAUAAGAAUGUAAACAAGACCAAAACAUACGACACAUCUCAACGGUCUACCAAAACACCGUCGAUUCCUCAGAUGAGAUUUUCAUAAUCCGAUAAUUCAUUUGCGGUUAUGACGCCAUCAACCGACCGUAUGAGCUUACCGGUCUCCGAUCCUCCUCCGCCACCGCCUAGAGGCGGCGCCGAACAGAGGGUGUUUAAAGGAUCCACCAUGACGCCUCGCGGUGCUUACGCCGCCGUCUCUUACAUGUCUUGCGCUGUGAUGCUGGUGUUGUUCAACAAAGCGGCUCUUUCAUCCUAUAGUUUUCCAUCUGCGAACGUCAUAACAUUAUUUCAGAUGAUAUGCUCAUGUUGUUUUCUUUACGUUCUACGCCGUUGGAAACUCAUAUCUUUUAGUUCGGGUGAUGCUGAUAAUUCAACAAGAUUCGUGUCAUUGCAGACGUUAAUUCACACCUCACCUCUUGCUCUCACUUAUUUGCUGUACAUGUUAGCCACUAUGGAGUCUGUACGAGGAGUAAACGUUCCCAUGUACACCACCCUUAGGCGGACCACAGUGGUAUUUACAAUGUUUGUGGAGUUUAUCUUGGUCGGUCAAAGAUAUAGCCGUCCUGUAAUCGGAAGUGUAGCCUUGAUCGUAUUUGGUGCUUUUGUUGCUGGAUCACGGGACUUGUCAUUUGACGCGUAUGGCUAUUCUAUUGUCUUUUUAUCAAAUAUCACUACCGCAAUAUAUCUUGCAACGAUAUCUCGUAUUGGAAAAUCAAGUGGUCUCAACAGCUUUGGCCUCAUGUGGUGCAAUGGUAUUCUGUGUGGACCGGUCCUGCUCUUUUGGACAUUCAUACGCGGUGAUCUACGGAUGACUAUGAACUUCCCAUAUCUUUUUGCUCCAGGAUUUCUGAUUGUAUUGCUUCUGUCCUGCAUGCUUGCUUUUCUCUUGAACUACUCUAUCUUCCUGAACACAACUCUGAAUUCAGCAGUCACGCAGACCAUCUGCGGUAAUUUGAAGGAUAUAUUUACCAUUGCGUUAGGGUGGAUGUUUUUCGGCGGGCUCCCAUUCGAUCUUUUAAACGUUAUUGGGCAAAUUCUCGGAUUUGUUGGAUCGGGUUUAUACGCAUACUUUAAACUCUUUGGGAAGUGAACAUAAAUGCCUUCAUUAUCCGGAUACAUUACUCAGCUGCUGCCUUCAAAGGGGUACACAGAGACAUGACCUCGAGUAGGUAAAAAUGACAAUACAUUUUCAGAAAAUUUUAAACUUGAUUCAUCAAGUGUAAAUUAAUGAUUUGAUUUUAGAAGGCAGGCUAGAUUGAGCCCUUAAUUAAACUUGAGGUUUUUAGUUGGGUUGGCCGGUUAAGUUGGAGGUUAAUUUUGUCCUUUGGUUAUGUAUACUAUAAUAGUUUUUGUUUGUUAAGGAAAUAUUAUCAAGUGUGUCAUGUUAUUAAUAA